AUACCAGAUAUUUACAUACACUAUAAAAAUAUGCAUGACCUUUUUCCUUACUAUCUUUAAUUAAACGAAACUAAAUGUUCUUGUUUUAGGUCCGCUGGAUUACCACAGUUGUUUUUGGACAGCAUUUUCUGUUGCUUUCUUCAAGUUUACACACACUACAAUUUGUGUACUUAGGCUAAAACAAUUUGAGAAAGCUGAGAUGUCAUGACUUUAUAAGAAACGAAUAUGUAGCAUAGUGCUGUUACUCAUCCCAAACGCCAGAGGUCGCUGUAGUACUUUGUGUUCAGUUGUUUCGGCUCAUAAAUGAGCGCGCGCGGAAACUCCUCUACGAAAGUGAAGACAAAAAAUAAACAACAAUGGAGUGUGAACUUAAACAGGUACUCGCCUCAGAGUCAUCCAGUACAGAUAAUAGUGUCAGCUUUCCUCGUGUUACCGCCGUAGCCUCAGGAUGGAUGCUGGACUUCAUGUUUGUGAGUUUAUGUCGAAGCUUCAAAGAAGGAAACUUUGAUGCAUUUAACGAAACUCUGUCAGUUUUUGAAGCUCUUUUUCAGAGUAAAUCUCUUAAAGCAGCAGGCCAUAAUGAAAAAUCCUUGAUAUGUGCCUUUCUAGCAAGAGUAAUGCACGGAAAGCAGUUGGAUGUCCUGUUUGAAAAAGAUGAACAUGUAAUGCCUCUGAUGUCUGCUGCCGUUGUUUGGUCAAGCCUGGAAAACGCAGUGGAAGAUGAAGGCUUAUUCAAAGAGAUCACCUGUCUCCUGUUUGUCCAGGCUGUGGCCGUCUGCCUGGAGAAAGGCCAGAGAUCUUCUGCCUCCUCUGUCCUCAAGUGGUUUGAAAAAAGACACGCAUAUCCUCGGAACUUGGGAAUUAAGCUCUCGACUAUCGUCAUAAAAACUGAUACGUACCACCCGGUCCUCAUGAGCUUCAGCUUCAAGCGCCUCCUGGAGACCAUAAACUCCUUCUUGGACAACUAUUUGAAAAAGAAUCCAUGUGAUUUCCUCGUCAAGACAGCUACGGGUUUUGUUCAAUCUUCCCAAAACGUUAUGGACUCAGAGUCUGUGGAGUUAGAAGACGGCACUGUCUCGGAAAAGCAAAGUGAAACGACGCAGAAGAACAAAAAAACAAAACGCAAACUACUCUCUGCUAAACUCCCCGAGGCCUGGUCACCUGAUGCCACGAAGAAGCCCUGUGUUUCUCUCCGGCGUCUCUCCAGAAGUGAGGUGUGGCACCUGACGGCGAGGAAGACUUUAGAAACCUCCCCGCUGCAAAAUAGUGAGAAGUGCGUGGAAAAGAAAACACGAAAGAAAUGGACUCCCCAGCUGGACAAGUACCUUCAAGACGGGGUCAAACGUCACGGACAGGGGAACUGGUCUCGAAUCUUACUGGAUUAUGACUUUGAGGGACGUACUGGCACCAUGCUGAAAGACCGCUGGAGAGUUCUGCUAAAGACGUACAAAGUCGGCUGAAGAAAAGGCAGCCUCCAGUC